AUGGGAACUGCGGUGUCCAGAAGGAAGAAUUUGAAGAAUGACGCCAUUUCUUCCGUGGCCGCAAAAGUUCGAGCUGCCAGAGCAUUUGGAGAGUACCUGUCCCACACUCACCCAGAAAACCACAACGGAGCAGAUCAUCUGUUGUCUGAUACCUUCACUGGCCAAGAAGCAGACUCUCCAGACAUUAGUAACUUGCAUAACAAUAACCUGCCGCCACAGAGCUGCUGUCUGCCUGUCACCAAACCCAACCAGUCCAACCCUCAUCCUCCGCCGCAGGCUAACACCCUCAAGCCUUUCGCUUCCUCCGGCCCAUCCAAACGCCGGCUUUCAGUAGAGCGCAGUCUCUCCUCGGAGGAUCAGCCGGGGGCCAGCGUGUCGGGGGCCAGUGUGGCUGUGAAACCCGCCAGGGUAUACACGAUCACCAGGGAGGGGGGAAUGACCCUCGGCGGCCGCAGCAGUGAGGAGAACCUGGAGCUGGAGGUGCUGAAGGGCUCCAGGGAGCAGUCCCUUUCCCAGGCUCACUCCACCUCUAAUCAACAGUCCUGCACUGACCAGCCGCCUGCCACAGCCCGAAGCCAUCACCGUGGCAGCCAUCACCGCGGCAACCAUCACCAUACCCACCAGCACCACGGACGCCCGGCACAGUCACAGCCACUGCAGAGCUCAGAGAGCGCUCACAACAUCCGGGACUGGGGGGUGAGAAGAGGUGGGUCACGGGACGACUGCACUGCAGACUGUGUGGCGUGUAUACGAGCUCCUUGUCAAAGCCAGCGCUCACUGGACCUGGAAACCUCGCCAAGGGACAGCGGCAAACACCGCAAGAAGCUGGAGCGCAUGUACAGCGAGGACAGAGCCUCCACUGAUGAGAAGGAGGACAAUCCUAAUAGCUGGUUCCCCAAAGAGAACAUGUUCAGCUUUCAGACAGCCACCACCACCAUGCAGGCAAUAUCGGCUUUCCGAGGCAUUGCUGAGAGAAAGAGGCGGAAAAGAGAACAGGAGGCAACGGCCAUGAUAGAGAGAAAUUUCCGGAAACACCUAAGGAUGGUGGGCAGCCGGCGGAUGAAGGCCCAGACCUUCGCCGAUCGUCGGGCCAAGAGUUUUAGCCGCUCAUGGAGUGAUCCCACCCCUGUCAAGCCUGAGUCGCUGCAUGACUCAAGAGACAGUGGAGACCUGCAGACCUCAUCUGGGACUCUAGAUGAGGAGCUGAGUGAGAAUGCUGACUGGGGGGAGGAGAGAGAGAUGGAGAGAGCAGCUUGCGAAGGCGACGACUUUAUCCCACCCAAAAUCAUGCUGAUAUCUUCCAAGGUGCCGAAGGCUGAAUACGUUCCCAACAUCAUCCGUCGGGACGACCCCUCCAUCAUCCCCAUUCUCUAUGACCAUGAACACGCUACAUUUGAUGACAUCCUUGAGGAGAUCGAGAAGAAGCUGAGUGCCUACAGAAAAGGCUGUAAAAUCUGGAGUAUGUUAAUCUUCUGCCAGGGCGGUCCAGGGCAUCUGUACCUACUGAAGAAUAAAGUCGCCACCUUUGCAAAAGUGGAGAAAGAAGAAGACAUGAUCCAGUUCUGGAGGCAGCUGAGCGGGCUGAUGAGUAAACUGAACCCAGAGCCCAAUCUCAUUCACAUUAUGGGCUGCUAUGUACUUGGGAGCGCUAAUGGAGAAAAGCUGAUUCAGAAUCUGAAAAGGUUGAUGAGACCCUACUCUGUUGAAUUCAAGUCUCCACUAGAACUGUCUGCACAGGGUAAGGAGAUGAUUGAGAUGUACUUUGACUUCCGUCUCUUUCGUCUGUGGAAGAGCCGCCAGCACUCGAAGCUGCUUGACUACGACGACCUGCUGUGA